CGGCCUUCCUGCAGCGUCUUCCGCUCGCCGGCUGCGGCGCCUGGGACUGUAGCGGUGGGUCUGGGCUCUGGGAAAUCGUCCAAGAUGAUUAAAAAAUUCGACAAGAAGGACGAGGAGUCUGGUAGCGGCUCCAACCCCUUCCAGCAUCUGGAGAAGAGUGCUGUCUUACAGGAGGCUCGUAUAUUCAAUGAAACACCCAUCAACCCAAGAAGAUGUUUACAUAUUCUUACCAAGAUUCUUUACUUACUGAACCAGGGUGAACAUUUUGGAACUACUGAAGCCACAGAAGCCUUCUUUGCAAUGACUCGAUUGUUUCAAUCUAAUGACCAAACGUUGAGAAGAAUGUGCUACCUUACGAUCAAGGAGAUGGCGACCAUCUCGGAGGAUGUGAUCAUUGUCACGAGCAGUCUGACUAAGGACAUGACUGGAAAGGAAGAUGUGUACCGAGCCCCCGCCAUCAGGGCUCUCUGCAGGAUCACUGAUGGAACAAUGUUACAGGCCAUUGAAAGAUACAUGAAGCAGGCCAUCGUGGAUAAAGUCUCCGGUGUGUCCAGUUCAGCCCUGGUAUCUUCCUUGCACAUGAUGAAGAUCAGCUGUGAUGUAGUUAAACGUUGGAUCAACGAAGCCCAGGAAGCCGCCUCGAGUGAUAAUAUCAUGGUCCAGUACCACGCACUGGGGGUCCUGUAUCACCUUAGAAGGAAUGAUCGCCUUGCUGUGUCUAAGAUGUUGAAUAAGUUUACCAAAUCAGGACUCAAGUCACAGUUUGCUUACUGCAUGCUGAUCCGAAUUGCCAGUCGCUUACUGAAGGAGACUGAGGAGGGCCACGAGAGUCCACUCUUUGAUUUCAUUGAGAGCUGCUUGCGAAAUAAACAUGAGAUGGUCAUUUAUGAAGCUGCUUCAGCUAUCAUCCAUCUUCCUAACUGCACUGCCAGGGAGUUGGCCCCUGCGGUUUCAGUUCUUCAGCUUUUCUGUAGCUCUCCUAAGCCUGCCUUGAGAUAUGCAGCUGUGAGGACCUUGAACAAGGUGGCGAUGAAACAUCCCUCUGCCGUCACCGCCUGCAAUCUGGACCUGGAGAACUUGAUCACAGACUCCAACCGGAGCAUUGCGACCCUGGCCAUCACCACGCUUCUCAAAACAGGAAGUGAGAGCAGUGUGGACAGGCUCAUGAAGCAGAUAUCUUCUUUUGUAUCUGAAAUCUCAGAUGAGUUCAAGGUGGUGGUUGUGCAAGCAAUUAGUGCUCUCUGUCAGAAAUACCCUCGCAAGCAUGGUGUCAUGAUGACUUUCCUCUCCAACAUGCUCCGAGAUGAUGGAGGCUUUGAAUACAAGCGGGCCAUUGUGGACUGCAUCAUCAGCAUUGUGGAGGAGAACCCCGAGAGUAAAGAAUCGGGGCUUGCCCACCUUUGUGAAUUCAUCGAAGACUGUGAACAUACUGUUCUGGCCACUAAGAUUCUCCACUUGUUGGGCAAAGAGGGCCCCAGAACACCUGUCCCCUCCAAGUAUAUUCGCUUCAUUUUUAACAGGGUCGUCCUGGAGAACGAGGCCGUCAGAGCUGCUGCUGUGAGUGCUUUGGCUAAAUUUGGGGCUCAGAAUGAGAAUCUUCUUCCAAGCAUCCUUGUGCUCUUACAACGGUGUAUGAUGGACACAGAUGAUGAAGUACGGGACAGAGCCACCUUCUACCUGAAUGUGUUGCAGCAGAGGCAGAUGGCACUGAACGCCACCUACAUCUUCAACGGUCUGACGGUCUCAGUACCAGGGAUGGAAAAAGCUUUACAUCAGUAUACAUUAGAGCCUUCAGAAACACCCUUUGACAUGAGAUCUAUUCCUCUGGCUGUGGCUCCUGUCUUUGAGCAGAAAGGAGAAAUCACGCUUGUGACCAAUAAGCCAGAGAAGUUGGCUCCUUCCAGGCAAGACAUUUUCCAAGAACAAUUGGCUGCCAUUCCUGAGUUUAUGAAUCUAGGACCCUUGUUCAAGUCUUCCGAGCCUGUUCAACUUACAGAAGCAGAGACAGAAUAUUUUGUUCGCUGUAUCAAACACAUGUUUACCAAUCACAUUGUGUUCCAGUUUGACUGUACCAAUACUCUCAACGACCAGCUGCUUGAGAAAGUGACAGUGCAGAUGGAGCCAUCAGAUGCCUACGAAGUGCUAUGCUGCAUCCCAGCCCCCAGCCUCACUUACAAUCAACCAGGAAUAUGUUACACACUCGUUCGUUUGCCUGAUGAUGAUCCUACAGCAGGUACUGACCCGCAGAGGAGCGGGAAUACUUCCAUGAUUAAGAAUGCAUUCCCACUUGAGUUCUUAAAAAAUAUUUGGGUUGAAGAGUAUGGUUCUUUCCCGGAAUUUCAUGAUAAUGAUUACAUGGAGAGCUAG